GGCGGGGGGUGGGGUUGGUCGGGAACGGGCGGCCGGGACGGUUCCAUGGCGCGGCGCGGGGGGGGGAGCCGGGGCUGAGGACCCCGCCCGCCCAUGGACCCCGCCGUGGCGGUGGCCGCCGAGGAGGAGGAGGGCGCCGAGAAGCCGCCGGUGAUAUACACCAUGGAGAACAAGCCCAUCGUCACCUGUGCUGGAGAUCAGAACUUAUUUACAUCCGUAUACCCCAUGCUUUCUCAGCAGCUGCCAAGAGAUCCCAUGGAAUGGAGGAGGUCUUACGGCCGUGCUCCUAAGAUGAUUCAUUUAGAAUCUAAUUUUGUUCAAUUUAAAGAAGAGCUGCUACCCAAAGAAGGGAAUAAGGCUCUUUUGACCUUUCCCUUUCUUCAUAUUUACUGGACAGAAUGUUGUGACACAGAAGUAUACAAAGCUACUGUAAAGGAUGACAUCACCAAGUGGCAGAAUGUUCUAAAAGCGCACAGUUCUGUGGACUGGCUAAUUGUGGUAGUUGAGAGUGAUGCCAAGAAAAAGAACAAAACCAACAUACUCCCCCGGACAUCAAUUGUAGAUAAAAUAAGAAAUGACUUCUGUAACAAGCAGAGUGACAGAUGUGUGGUACUAUCUGAUCCCUUGAAAGACUCUUCCCGUUCUCAGGAAUCCUGGAACGCCUUCCUGACAAAACUCAGGACAUUGCUUCUUAUGUCUUUUACCAAAAACCUAGGCAAGUUUGAAGAUGAUAUGAGAACUUUGAGAGAAAAAAGGACUGAACCAGGGUGGAGCUUUUGCGAGUAUUUCAUGGUCCAGGAAGAACUGGCCUUUGUCUUUGAGAUGUUGCAGCAGUUUGAGGAUGCCCUGGUGCAAUAUGACGAACUGGAUGCCUUGUUCUCUCAAUAUGUUGUCAACUUUGGUGCUGGUGAUGGAGCAAAUUGGUUGACAUUUUUCUGCCAGCCAGUUCGGAGCUGGAAUGGAUUGAUUCUACGUAAACCAAUAGACAUGGAGAAACGGGAGCUCAUUCAGAAUCAAGAAGCCACUCUGUUGGACUUACGUAGUUACCUGUUUUCUCGACAAUGUACGCUGCUAAUCUUCUUGCAGAGACCGUGGGAGGUGUCACAGCGAGCGUUGGAGCUUCUUCACAACUGUGUGCAGGAGCUCAAGCUACUUGAAGUCUCUGUUCCUCCUGGAGCUUUGGAUUGCUGGGUAUUUUUGAGCUGUUUGGAAGUCCUGCAGAGAAUAGAAGGCUGCUGUGAUCGGGCUCAGAUCGAUGCCAAUGUGUCCCACACAGUUGGCUUAUGGAGCUAUGCCACUGAAAAGCUGAAGUCCCUGGGUUACUUAUGUGGACUUGUAUCAGAAAAGGGACCCAAUUCAGAGGACCUUAACAGAACAGUUGAUCUGUUAGCAGGGUUGGGAGCAGAACGCCCUGAAACAGCUAACACAGCCCAGAGCCCUUAUAAGAAACUCAAGGAGGCCUUAUCAUCUGUAGAAACUUUUGAAAAACACUAUUUAGAUCUGUCCCAUGCCACCAUUGAAAUGUAUACAAAUAUUGGAAGGAUUCGUUCAGCUAAACUUGUUGGAAAGGACUUGGCAGAAUUUUAUAUGAGGAAGAAAGGCCCACAGAAGGCAGAAGUCUAUCUUCAAGGAGCUUUGAAAACUUACCUUGCUGAGGGCUGGGCAUUGCUUAUAACGCAUACAAGAAAGCAGUUGGCAGAAUGUCAGAAACACCUUGGGCAAAUUGAAAACUAUCUUCAAACAAGUAGCCUUUUAGCUGCUGAUAAUCACUUAACAGAAGAUGAACGUACACACUUCUGCCAAGAAAUACUGAAUUUUGCCAAUCAACAGACAGAGGGCCAAGGUGAAAAGGUUAUAUUGUCUAUGCAUUCCUUUGCACAGUUGAAAACUCUACACUUUGACCCGCCAAAUGCUGUGGUCCAUGUGGGCGGAACAUUAUCUGUUGAGCUGACUUUGUUGAGCCAAAUGCCCAUCCCAGUCCAAGUGGAUCAGAUUGCUAUCAAUGUUCACUUCAGCAUUGAGAAAAAUAGCUACCGGAAAACGGCUGAAUGGCUCACCAAGCACAAAACGUCCAAUGGUAUUAUCAGCUUCUCAAAUGAGGUUGUAGGCUUUCCUUUGUCAAGAAAUAACUUACCAGCAUUGGAAUUAUAUGAAAUGUAUGAAAGGAGCCCCUCAGAUAACUCUUUGAACACAACGGGAAUCAUCUGCAAAAAUGUGCACAUGCUACUAAGAAGGCAAGAGAGCAGCUCAUCUCUGGAAAUGUCCUCAGGAGUGACCCUGGAGGAUGGGGCUCACAUGUUAAAAUGUAGCAAUUUAAUACUGGAACCAGGGAUCAAUAGAAUAACAUUCAGAACUCAGGCCAAAGAACCUGGGACGUACACACUCAGGCAGCUGUGCAUGUCAGUGGGAAAAGUGCAGUUUGUCCUUCCUCAUAUUUACCCAAUCGUGCAGUAUGAUGUGUAUUCUCAGGAGCCUCAAUUAAAAGUGGAGCCAUUGACAGACAGCCUUUUGGCUGGUAUUCCUCAGAAGGUGAAAUUCACCGUGACUACUGGCCAUUAUACCAUGAAGAAUGGCGAUACUCUACAACUUAGUAAUGCUGAUGCCAUGCCUGUUUUGUACCAUCCAGAGAGCAAGGCAGUGAUCUAUUCCAAUACUAGGGAGAGAGUUUCGCAGUCAACACUAACGAUCCAGUCUUCUGAAAAGAUCACAAGCAUUGCAUUGCCAAUGGCUCCUGCAUAUCACGUGAUUGAAUUUGAACUAGAAGUUAUGUAUUUGCCAUCAGCUCCAGUAGUUGCAAUGGAAAGAGAAAAUCUGAUAAAUAAAGACCUGCACAGAAAAAGCAAAGAGAAGCAGAAAGCAGAUAACUGUAUGGCAACAGUUGACCAAAAAGUAACCAUCGAUUGUCCUUGGUCAGUCUACUCCACCAUUAUUGCAUUAACAUUCAGUAUACCUUUUAAUGCCAAACAUUCCUUACUGUCAGCUGGCAAACGGAAAUAUGUACAAGUGUGUGUACAGAAUAUGUCAGAGCUUUGCUUCGAGCUUUCGGAGAACAAUCUAAAAAAUUCUGGUAAUUACACAGAUCUACAGCUGGUACCUCUGAAUUCUGAAUCUCAACAGCUCAUAUACAGCAAGCAGUCAGUAUUCUUUGUAUGGGAAUUGAAGUGGAUGAAAGAGCUUCCGCCAUCUUUGCAGUGCCAGUUCUUGUUUAGCUUUUGUCCAGUUACCUCCGAAGAGCAGUCUUUCUCCCUGAAGCCAUUCAUUUAUGAAUUCCAAGUGGAAAAUUUUUUUACAUUGUAUAAUGUGAAAGCUGAGAUUUUCCCCCCGUUGGGGGCAGAGUAUUGUAAAACAGGCUCACUCUGCUCUUUGGAGGUGUCAAUCACCCGACUUUCUGACCUUUUAGAGGUAGAUAAAGAUGAAGCAUUAACAGAAUCAGAUGGAUACUGCACAACAAAACUUAUGUAUGAAGUUGUUGACAACAGCAGUAACUGGGCAGUCUGUGGGAAAAGUUCUGGGGUAAUAUCUAUGCCUGUAGCAGCUCGAGCAACUCACAAAGUGCACAUGGAAGUGAUGCCACUUUUUGCUGGAUACCUACCAUUUCCUGAUGUCCGACUAUAUAAAUACCUCCCCCAUCAUUCUGCUCACUCCAUGCAACUUGAUGCUGAUAGCUGGAUUGAAAAUGAUAACUUAUCUGUGGACAAGAAUGUGGAUGAUCAAGCUGACAGCAGCAGCAUAAGGAGCAGAGGAAGCAUACAUUCAACAACUAGUGGGGAACACAAAGGUCUGCCAAUGCCCCGUCUACAAUCCUUUUCAUCUGGUCAGGUUUUCAACUCCAGCACUGGCAUGCAAAUACUUGUCAUUCCCAGCAAGGAUGACCAUGUUCUGGAAGUCAGCGUCACAUGACAGCUCAGUGUAAAAAAAUUACAAAAACAAAAACCAUUGAAGACUGGCUGUGAAUGCACUUUAAAGGAUUGUGACCUGCUUACUCUUCAUUGUAACAUUCUAACCCUAACCAGACCUAUGGCAUCUCAGCACUUACUGGCCAUGGAAGCCUCAGACAAUUUAAAUGUACAGUGAAGCUUGUGUCCACUAGUUUAUAUUGCUACUUCAGUAUGUUUGUGUACAAAGAUUUUCUUUUUUUCCCGUUUGAUCACAUCCUGCUGAUAAAGAUGCUUGCUGCAAUUGGUCCUUUAUUUAUGUAAUUUGAGCAGCCUUCAGAUUUGCUGUUUUUUAAAGUAGUUAGAUUUCUGUUCUCAAAAAUGUUUCAGGUUGACAUAUACAGUAAGCCUUGCAAUGUGGCUGUUAAUGACUCAAGUGUGUGCCUUUCCAGUCACACGACUGUUUGGUUUUCUGGACCAGGAUAGCUUUCAACGUCUGUCAAUCAGCGUGCGUGAUUCUGAAUCCCACAGCAACUAGAAGAUUUUAUAUAUUUUUUUCUCUUGAAGACUUGCUUAAUCUCUUUUGUGCCUUGGGACAUACGAAUUACAUUUACCCAUAAAUAGACCCUUGAGAAGGAUACCACAUAGCAGCCCAUUAAUUUCUCGUACUCUUUUUAAAAAACAAAACAAAACAUGACCCUUGAUAUGACCAGAGGCAUGGCACAAAAGUGGUUAAGCUAGGAAUAAGCGUUCAUGCAACCAUGGUUUUUCCUCCAAACAGGUAUUUAAGAAAAUGAGAAAUACUAUUAGUGUUGGAUCGGAUAUGUAAUGUAUUACUAAACACUAACUUGCUUGACUCUCUGAAUAGAGUUGAUUUCUCCCUCGCCCUAAUUAGUGCUUACUUUGUGUAUUUACAGAGCCAUAUGCUUUUGCACCUUGAUUCUAGAGUUUUCUGAAAAAAUAAUGUAAUUUAAAAUAAAGAUUACUUGACUAUUUCCAGUCUACAUAUGGGGAAGGAUUAAAGUCCUAGUAUUGAACCUCUUCUGGUCCAGCAAACUGCAGUCAUAACCAUACCAACUGAUUAUUUUUCAGUUGUAAAUUUUAUUGUACAUAUGGUUGAUUAUUUAAAAAGUCCAAACUAACUGAUGUAAUGUCUGUGUAUAAGUUGCACCAAAAAUCAAGGACAAAAUAAAUGUGUGUUUUUAUUGGUGUGAAAGUCACAGCUUGUAAAUAAGUGUAGUGUUUUAAACCUUUUCCAGCUCUUAAAAGCUAUGUAUUUUUGUAUAUAUAUAUAAUGUAUUUCUCUGAAAUUCACUGGUGAAGUCUUUGGGGGGGGGGGGAAGAAAAAAAGUCAGUGUGAACUGAUUCAUAAUUCCAGCAGAUGUGGCCUCUUAAUGAAAGAAACCUCUACAAUGUGAGCCUUAAAGGAAUAACAAAAAUCCUCUGCAGUUGUUUCCAUAGGUUCUUAAUGCGUCUUAAUAAGGGGGGAGCACAGAACAGAAUUUCCAGACACUUGAAGUAUUUUUGUCUCUCUGUGUACAAACUUUCAGUAAGUUUGUGUGUUCAUCACUUCUUUCUUUAUGCUUUAGAAUUCACUCAGAUUUGGAGAAUGCAAUCAUCAGUAUGUUGUUAUUUUUUAUCUUUAGAGGGAGGAAGUAAGUACGUAUUGGUUUUUCCACAUCUGCCAGAAGUGAUUGAUCUACACUGCAUAUAAUAUAAAUUUUAAUAAAUGCGUUCAAUUUCUUUUAAAA